CUUUUGCCCCAAUUGCGAGCAUAUUUAACCUGCAACCACAGUGAACCCCAUGGGGGAAAAUAUCUAGGGAAAUUUUGAAAUAUAAUGGAGCGGAUCUUAAUUAGUUUAUUGUAGAUACUACCUAAACUUAAAUAACAAUUUUGUGCCUCUAAAGAAUCGGGACAUAAUGGCAAGAAAGUUUCUUUUUAAAUUGUUUUCAAAAUAUAUUCUUAGUUCACUUUAACCCUAUGGUGCAAAACGCCAUAAUCUUUUUCCAGCACACCUGCGUCGGGAGAUCGAUCUUUCGCCGAUGGAAAAGUUGCCAUUCAAUCUCGGAUCGCAGGGUGGCAAUGUGGCCGAUGGAACAAGCACCACCGCCAGGCAGGAAGCUUCGGACUCGUCGCCCACGGAGUCCUCCGCCACCGAGAACUCUAGUCCCCGCUCGCAGAUCGGGAAUGCUGAUUCGGGUCGCCAGGGAAGCGAGGAGAGCAGCUACGCACAAGUAAUGCAACAAAUAAUGCCGCAAGUAAUGCAACAACUAAUGCCACAAGGAAUCCCUCAAGGAAUGCCUCAGGGAAUGCCCCAGGGAAUGCCCCAGGGAAUGCAUCAAGGAAUGCCCCAGGGUAUCCCCCAACCCAAUAUGCAACAGGGAACACCAAUGAACAUCCCGCCGCCCAACCGCAUGAGUCCUUGCCACAAUCCCAACGCGAUACCUAACUUCCAUCCGAAUGGCCAAAACCCUGAGAUCAACAGGAUGCCGCCAAUGGACGGCGCAGCUGGACGAGUCAAUGCCGCCAAUGGCGAGAUGAACCAACAAAUGAGGGCUGCUCCCGCCCCCGUACCCGUUCCAGUUCCUGCUCCCGUCACCGCCCCCAGCCCCGAUCCUCGACAGAAUUUUGCAGCCAAUAUGGUUAACAAGCCACGGCCGACCACUUCAAGUAACCCCGGGUCGAGGGUGUCAUCGCCAGCCGCUCCGAGACCCAAUCAUCCACCCGGAACCCCAGCUCCGGAAGAGACUCCCAACCAGCCGAAGAUCACCCAGCCAUCCUACGCAUCCCUGCUGCAGUAAAAGCAUCUUACGUGAUUUCUAUACAACUACCUCCAUCGUCUUCCGGCCACCAUUUAAAUUAUAUGUAACCUACGUUCCUUUUUUUUCUGGUCAAAUAAAUUAAACACACCAU